GUAGAGAAUUUGUGGCCGUUGGAUCUAAAACUAAAUCCAAAAGAUUGAAAGAGAUUUAUAUAAAUUGAAGAAGAAGAAGACGACUAGAGGCUCUUGAGUAGAAAGAAAGGUGGGGAUAAGAGAGAUGAUGAUGAUCAUGGAGGAAGGAGACGAUAGAUAAUUUUAGGGUUUCUCUGAUUUCUGAUCCAUUAACACUUUUUUUUUUCUUUUUUGGGGUUUUAAAUAUCUUCAAAUUCUAGGGUUCUUCUUCUUCUUCUUCUUCUUCUUCAUAUACAUAAUCUUUCCAAAUCCUGGUGAAUUGUUUCUCCAGGGUUUCAAUGGUGCUGAAAGCUUAAAUCUUUAGCUAAGAGAUUUAACAAAAUUUCAUCUUUUUUUCUUUUUUUUUUCAAAUUUCAUUCUGAUUGUGAGGAUUUUUUAAGAUUUUGUUCAUUCUUUAAACUGUUUAUUGAUUUUUUAGAACUUAAUUAGGUUGAUUUAUAAAAGGGUAUUGAAUUGUUUGGUUUCUGGGAUCGUUUCACCAGAUUUAGAUGGUGGAGAAAACAAUCCGAUUCUUGAAAUGAUGAAGAGACCGAUCCCUAGUAGUUGGCCAUGGUGGUUAUUAAGAGGAGGUAGAAAAGAGAAAGAACCUGAAGCUCUUAAGUUUCCUUCUCCUCCUACUCGAGCUGCUAAUAUUAGUAAAAGAAAGGAUCUUCAAGUUGAGAGCUUUGGUUCUUCUGGCUCUGAAUCUGUUGCUCUUGCUCUUGCUGGUGAUGGACCUGAAUGGUCUGUUGGUUGGACUGAGCCUCAUGGACCUGAUUUCCAAAGUGAUGAUGGUGGCUUCUUAGUCCUGGUUCCUUGUUACAGAGCUCUUGUCGAAGCCUCUAGUAAUAAUAAUAACCAGCUCCUCAGUGCUGUCAAGAAUCUCCCCAGCGGUUUGCCUCCUGAUGGGAAGAAUUACAUGGAGCAAUGGCUUUCAUCUCUGCAGAACCUUUGACCAGGUCCCUUUCCCUUGUUGUAGUUUAGUUAGUACUAGUUUUAGUUUCUCUAAUUCGUUCUCAUUUUAGUGUCUACAUUAAUCAUCCUGAAAACUCAAAAAAAGGAGAAAAAAGGGAAAAGAAAAAGAGAGAACAAAAAAAAAAACACAAGUAGUUUUAUGGUUUAGAUUUAAGAUGAUUUGCAUACAUUGAUGUGGGAUUGGAAAAGCUAUGGAGAAGAAAGAAGCAGCUUUAGCCUUGAGGGGUUCAUAGUAAGAUUGAUUGGUUUACAUUCAGAAAACAGAUCAAAAAUCCAAGAAAAAGAGGGUGGAGAACAAAUUACAUAGAUCCUGGAAAGAAAGGAUUGGGUGGAAGAAACAGACAGUGCUAGGGGUUCAUAUCAAGAUGAUCGAACAAAUUUGAUGGUGUGAAUGGGAUUUAUUCAAUUGAGAUGGGAAAUUCAUGUAAAGUCUUGUAAAUACAAAAAAAAAUGGAAAAGAAAAAAGAGUGAUGUAUAUAUACUCUUGUAAUCUAUCUUGUCCUGUAUCAUAACCUCCUUGAAGACUGAGAUAGAAGGUGAUUGGAGAUUGUAUGUAAUUAUUAACUAUGACUGAUCUUUUUUGUAUAUAAGACAAAGCCAUUGUAAUUCUCUGUAUAAUAUGUAUAUUGGAAUUGGGGAAGCAGGAAGAGUUUCUCUAAAUUUUGAAUGUUCA